AUGUCCGAUCAAAAACAAGUUGCUACGUCUACCUCUCAAAGCUUGUUGAACGAUAAGUGGGAUGUUGUUUUGUCCAACACCAUGAUCAAAACCGCUUUGGGUUUUGGCGGCGGAGUUUUGGCUUCCGUUCUUUUAUUUAAGAGAAGGUCGUUCCCUGUCUGGCUCGGUGUUGGUUUCGGUUUGGGCAGAGGAUACUCUGAGGGUGAUGCCAUUUUCAGAUCCGACUUCGGCACGAGGUCCUACAAGGCUUAA